AUGAUUCUGCGGAUACUCAAUCGGUGCUCUGGAAAUGGGACGAUGAUGACGAAACGGCUGUUCACUAAUCAUGAAAUGGCCUACUCUGAAAAGCGCCUGAUAGGUUACCCCCGUGAGCAAAUGUUUGACAUUGUUGCCGAUGUCAGAGAAUAUCGCCACUUUAUACCGUGGUGUCGACGAUCAGAUAUCAUUGAAGUGCAAGGAAACUCUCGGAUAGGAGAACUAGAAAUUGGCUUCCCGCCACUAAACGAGAGUUAUCGAUGUCGAAUUAUCGUGCUUCGACCGUCAGUCGUUCACGUGGGUUCUACAAUUCUUCUAUUUAAUUAUUUAUGUGGAAUUUACACGAUUAAAAUCUUCCCGAAACCGCCCAGUAAGUGUAUGAGCGCGGUGUUUUAG